CAACACUAGCAGUGCAGAGAACGCACCUGAACACUUUUUUAUUGAAUAGAAAGGAUGAAUGGCCUCUAAAUCUUUUUUUCUUUAGCAAGCAUUGCUUCUUUUGGAUUAUAUAUGUAUACCUACAUCAAAAUCACUCCGAUUAAAUUACUUUUAUGUUAAUUCAAGUUGCCGUACCUGAUAUUAAAACACCAGCGGCAAAUACUUAAUCGGUCAGCCGAGUAUGUAUUAAGAUAUUUUCUCCUUUUUUACAAGAUCGCGAGAAUGGAGAACUUAACUUCUGCCAACAACACGUUGGGGUGGACCGACCGCAGUAUAGAAUACAAGGUAAUCAGCGCUUUUAUAGUGUUCGUGAUUUGCGCUUUGGGCAUUGUGGGGAAUGUGAUGGUCAUAUUGGUGGUCCUCACGACAAAACACAUGCGGACCCCUACCAACUGUUACUUGGUCAGUUUGGCUGUUGCAGAUCUUAUGGUGUUGAUAGCCGCCGGCUUGCCGAGUGUAGCGGAUAGCGUUUACGGAUCCUGGGUUUUCGGUCAUUCCGGUUGCCUGUGCAUAACUUACUUUCAGUAUUUAGGAAUCAACGCAUCCUCGUGCUCUAUAACAGCCUUUACUGUUGAGAGGUACAUCGCAAUAUGCCACCCAAUCAAAGCACAGUUUUUGUGUACCUACUCUCGGGCAAAGAAGAUCAUAUUUGGAGUUUGGCUUUUCACGUCGAUGUAUUGUGUGAUGUGGUUUUACCUGACUGACAUUGAAGAGCUUAUGUACGAGGACGUAACCAUUAUAACAUGUGCAUACAAAGUCUCCAGAAAGCUGUAUUUGCCGAUCUACUUUUUUGAUUUCGGUGUGUUCUUCGUUCUACCUCUCACGCUUGCGACUAUUUUAUAUGGACUCAUUGGAAGAAUUCUUUUCCUGAAUCCGAUACCCAAAGAAAAGGUUAAGAACGGACACAAAGACUUUUCAACGAGUAAUAAAACAUAUAUAAACAAUUCAAGUCAGAGCUCAAGUGCGACUGCAACCUCCCGAAGACAGGUAACUAAGAUGCUGGCCGUGGUGGUUAUUCUUUUUGCUGUACUCUGGAUGCCCUAUCGCACUCUUGUGGUGGUCAACUCUUUCCUUCAGGAGGCCUACCUGGACGCAUGGUUCCUGCUUUUCUGUCGCACCUGUGUCUACCUCAACAGCGCCGUCAACCCCGUUAUCUACAACGCCAUGUCGCAAAAGUUCCGUGCUGCCUUCAGGAAACUCUGCAGCUGUGGAACCCGCGCUCAGGCGAAACAGGCGGCGUACAGUGUGGCCCUAACCUACAGUGUUGCUAAGGAAACGUCUAUGAUCGAGAGCACAGAACACUUUUCGACGGAGAUAGAUGAACUGACAGAAGACCACAAUGAUCUGGCAGCCAACUAGCAGGCUCUCGCCCAGGAGAGCUGUCCUGAAAUGGCCAUCAACCAGGUCAUAUAAUAAAUGGCUUAUCUACGAUAGUCAUAUACUUAAAGAAUGUAUUUAAGAGAUCCCAAUUACAGUUAGCAUAUAGCUGUAUAACUUAAAUAUUGACAUUUACUUGUCAGUUCUAUACAUCGAUUCGAUCUCUCUGGCACUCAUACAUACAUACAUACAUAUAUAUACA